AUGGAAAGGGACAAGAAUGCAACAAUUGAGAGUAUCUCAUCUAGGAUUGAUCAAUUGGCAAGAAAACAACAAGUAGAUAGUGUUUAUUUACUGCGAUUACAAGAUUCAUCGCUGUUUAAGAUCCCUCAAACUGAACGCCCAAAUGUAAGGAAUUCUUUGAAGAAAGACUUCAGCAUCUACUCAAAAGAUAAAUUUAUCUUACAAGAUUUAAGUAAAACUCGAGAUUCUGUUGUUUCUCAAUCUUUACCAGACUUUGUACAUUUUGUUUGCAACGUCAUCCAAACCUGCAAGUCAUAUUCCUCACUCGGUUCUUCUAAAUUGAUUCGAGUGACUUAUGAAGCGUCUCAGUUACUUAUUAUUUACGACUCUGCCUAUGCUAUUGCCGUUGUUCAAUCGGAACCAGACUAG